AUGGAUGGAAAACGUCUCAAUGAACAGCAGAUCACUAUGAAGCAUACACACACACACACAAAAACACAUAAACAUAGGCCAGCUAUUGAAAGAAAAAACAUUGAUCUUGCUCCGUUGAAAAAGGCUAAUGUACCCAUUUUUUUCAUCGUCGGCGGCCCUGGGUCUGGGAAAGGUACCCAAUGUGACAAAAUUGUCGAAAAGUAUCAUCUGACCCAUCUAAGCUCUGGAGAUCUUUUACGGGCUGAAGUCAAGUCUGGUUCCCCACGUGGCGCCGAACUCAAUAAAAUUAUGGAAAAUGGAGAAUUAGUACCACUUGAAGUUGUUUUGGACCUUAUCAAGGAAGCUAUGGUAAGCGCAGUCGCUAAAGGCAGUAAGGGUUUCUUGAUUGACGGUUACCCAAGAGAAAUCAAACAGGGUGACCAAUUUGAGAGUGAGAUUCAAGAAGCAAAAUCAGUACUCUUUUUUGACGUCAGUGAAGAUACCCUUGUAAAACGUUGUUUACAUCGUGCUGAAACCAGUGGCCGAGUUGAUGAUAACAUUGAUACCAUCAAAAAGAGGCUUAAGACCUAUUUGACAGCAACACAACCAGUUAUUUCACAUUAUGAAGGGAAAGGAAAAUUAGUCAAGUUUUUCAUUGAAUUUAUCGGUGAUGAAAGAUGA